GUGACCCUUCAUCCAUUUUACCGCCAAUCUGCCCUUUCUCUUCCCGCUCCCGACCCCCCAUUUCCCUAUCUCUCACACAAAUCCCUUUCUCUAUCAUCGGCAUUUCCGACGAAGGAUACGGCAAAAAUGGAGAGCCUUGAUUUCAACCGCGACACAGAAAUAGCGAAGGAUUUUCUUUCUAACUUCGCGGAUCUCGACGGAGAGGCGAAAUACAUGAACAUUCUUGUUAGUAAUUCCAUAUGAAUUGAGACUGAAUUGAACUUCAUGUGAUUCUCAAGUGAAUUGACCCUAACCCUUAACUUUCGUUUUACUCUCAGCAAGAUGUUGCGAACCAUAAAUUCAAGGCUAUUCAUAUCGAGCUUGAAGAUCUAGCUAAUUAUAAGGAUUUGGAGGAGGAAUUUUUGAGGAGGGUUACUGAGAAUACACGGCGGUAUAUUCAAAUAUUCGCUACUGCAAUUGAUGAGCUGAUGCCGGAGGCUACAGAGCAAUUCCCGGACGAAGAUCAAGAUAUUCUUAUGACGCAGCGGGCUGAGGAGCCAACUGAUAACCCUGAUGGUUCCGACCCCAAGCAGAAAAUGCCACCCGAAAUCAAACGUUUCUUUGAGGUUUAUAUCAGAGCAUCUCCAAAAGGACGGCCUUUCACAAUUAGGGAAGUCAAGGCUUCAUAUAUUGGCCAGCUUGUGAGGAUAUCUGGUAUUGUGACGCGAUGUUCAGAUGUCAAGCCAUUGAUGCAAGUAGCUGUGUAUACAUGUGAAGAAUGUGGAUUUGAAAUUUACCAGGAGGUAACAUCUAGAGUAUUUAUGCCUUUAUUCGAGUGCCCGUCACGACGCUGCCAGAUAAAUAAAGUGAAAGGCAACCUAAUCCUCCAACUCAGAGCAUCAAAAUUUUUGAAGUACCAAGAGGCUAAAAUUCAAGAAUUAGCUGAGCAUGUUCCCAAAGGUCAUAUUCCUCGAACAAUGACAGUUCAAUUUAGGGGAGAGCUUACAAGAAAGGUAUCUCCUGGUGAUGUAGUAGAAUUAUCAGGAAUCUUUCUUCCCAUCCCUUACACUGGAUUCAGAGCAAUGCGGGCUGGUUUAAUUGCAGAUACUUAUUUGGAAGCCAUGUGUGUCACCCAUUUUAAGAAAAAAUACGAAGAGUAUGAACUUCGAGGGGAUGAGGAAGAACAAAUUUCACGGUUAGCUGAGGAUGGUGAUAUUUAUAACAAGUUGGCACGGUCUUUAGCCCCUGAAAUUUUUGGACAUGAGGAUAUCAAGAAAGCCCUUCUUCUUCUUCUGGUUGGUGCUCCUCAUAGGAAGUUAAAGGAUGGCAUGAAGAUUCGAGGAGACCUACAUAUUUGUUUGAUGGGUGAUCCUGGAGUUGCAAAAAGUCAACUUCUGAAGCAUAUAAUCAAUGUUGCACCAAGGGGUGUAUACACGACAGGUAAAGGAAGCAGUGGAGUUGGUCUAACUGCAGCCGUUCAAAAGGACCCGGUGACUAAUGAGAUGGUUCUAGAAGGCGGAGCCUUGGUUUUAGCUGACAUGGGUAUAUGCGCAAUCGACGAAUUUGACAAGAUGGAUGAAUCUGAUAGAACAGCAAUACACGAAGUGAUGGAGCAGCAGACUGUCAGCAUUGCAAAGGCAGGGAUCACUACAUCUCUAAAUGCCAGGACUGCAGUCCUCGCCGCUGCUAAUCCUGCCUGGGGAAGAUAUGAUCUGCGAAGAACACCGGCCGAAAAUAUCAAUCUUCCUCCUGCUCUCUUAUCAAGAUUUGAUCUUCUGUGGUUAAUCUUAGAUAAAGCUGAUAUGGAUACUGAUCUUGAAUUGGCUAGACAUGUUGUCUAUGUCCACCAGAACAAAGAAUCUCCUGCUCUCGGGUUUACUCCCCUCGAACCAUCUGUACUGAGGGCCUAUAUUUCUGCUGCAAGAAGGCUAUCUCCUAGUGUUCCCAGGGAGUUGGAGGAGUACAUAGCUACCGCAUAUUCCAGCAUAAGGCAAGAGGAGGCAAAAUCAAAUACCCCCCACUCUUAUACCACUGUUAGGACACUGCUCAGUAUCCUUAGAAUAUCAGCUGCGCUAGCUAGACUGCGUUUCUCAGAUACUGUUGCGCAGAGUGAUGUGGAUGAAGCCCUCAGAUUAAUGCAAAUGUCGAAGUUUUCUUUGUAUUCAGAUGAUCGCCAAAAAUCGGGUCUGGAUGCAAUCUCUGACAUUUAUUCCAUCUUACGAGAUGAAGCUGCAAGGACAAACAGGAUGGACAUAAGCUAUGCUCAUGCCCUUAACUGGAUUUCGCGAAAGGGAUACAGUGAAGCCCAACUGAAAGAAUGUCUUGAAGAAUAUGCAGCCCUGAACGUGUGGCAGAUCCAUCCGAACACAUUUGACAUCCGAUUCAUUGAUGCCUGAUGCCUCAUUGAUGCCAAAAAUGCUGAUCUGGUUAUUUCAUCAAAUGUAACGGGCUUACCCCCAUCAACUCCCCGAGAAUUGCAGUAACGCAGGUUGUGGUGGUUGGGUUGAACAUUAGAAGUGAAGAACGCGGAGCUUAUAAAUUAGCUGUCUAUAUGUGUACUAUAAAGAAUUUGAGUUGGCAUUGUUCUAACUUGUUAUGUUUCCUGACGAAUGACAUGAUCAUUUUUAUUCGUAGUUUGGCCGAAUCUUAUUGAGUCUCUGUAUGACCUGCUGAUCACUCUUUAUGAGCCUUUAAUGACGGCGCUGCUAAGUUUUUUUCUCCUUCGUUCCAAAGUAACAAUAUCCUUAGC